AACACAAAGCAAAACAGCGGCAAAUAAAUAAAAGGAAAAAGCAAUAUAUUCCCCAGAAUUUCAUCUACGUAUUCGCGUAAAAAGUCAGCAGCUUUUUCAGUUUCGAAUUUCAAUUCUCGCUAAUCAGGUUAAGACUCAGAUUUCUUCGAUUGUUUGGUUUUUAAUGGCUUCGAAACGAAUAUUGAAGGAGCUGAAGGAUCUCCAAAAAGAUCCUCCUACCUCAUGCAGCGCCGGUCCUGUUGGAGAGGACAUGUUUCACUGGCAGGCUACAAUAAUGGGGCCCUCUGACAGCCCUUACGCUGGGGGUGUAUUUUUAGUCACUAUCCAUUUUCCUCCAGAUUAUCCAUUCAAACCUCCUAAGGUUGCUUUUAGGACAAAGGUUUUCCAUCCAAAUAUCAACAGUAAUGGGAGCAUAUGCUUGGACAUACUGAAGGAGCAGUGGAGCCCCGCCUUAACUAUUUCCAAGGUUUUGCUUUCAAUCUGCUCACUUUUGACGGACCCAAACCCUGAUGACCCUCUGGUUCCUGAGAUUGCUCACAUGUACAAGACAGACAAGGCCAAAUAUGAAGCAACGGCCAGGAGUUGGACCCAGAAGUACGCCAUGGGCUAACUAUUGCCUAUGAUGGCUUGAAUUGAUAUAAAGAAAAACAAAUUUCAAUGUCUUUCUCCUCUGCUCUCUCCAUUAACAAGUUGUACAAUAGCAUUAAGCAUUGCCCUCUGCAGGAAAACUAAUGAUGCUUUGAAUUUUGUUUAUAUAGAUUCUAAUAUUUUAUGUGGGGAAGCAUAUAUUUAUCUGGUUUUGGAUUGUUGGUUUGACACUAUUUGUGUAAAAAAUUCAUGCUUUUUGUACAUUCUAUCAUGUUUAUUACUAUUAAGGAUAACUAUUUGAGAUA